CUGGGCAGAACAAAGCAGCGUCCGCUUUUCUGUCCAACCAAACCGACAUAAAUAGAAGCAAUCUAGGUUCAGCGCACGUAACGUAUUGUGUGAGGGUCUGUUUUUGUACUAACCUCUUGCAGGAUUUUUUACAUCGUCUAACUGGAAUAUCACAAUGGCUGAACCAUUAAGAGUAUGUGUAACUGGUGCUGCUGGACAGAUUGCAUAUUCUUUACUGUAUUCCAUUGGGAAGGGUGAUGUUUUUGGAUCAAACCAGCCAAUUACUCUACUGCUUCUUGAUAUCCCUCCAAUGAUGACAGCCCUAGGAGGAGUUAUAAUGGAACUUCAAGACUGCUCCCUUCCACUUUUGCACGAGAUUGUUGGCACGGCAGAUGUUGCCGAAGCUUUUAAAAAUAUUGAUGUUGCCAUUCUCGUCGGUGCUAUGCCAAGAAAGGAAGGCAUGGAAAGAAAAGACUUAUUAAAAGCUAACGCCAAAAUAUUUGAAGUGCAGGGAAAGGCAUUGGAUGAACAUGCUAAGAAAACAGUAAAAGUUGUUGUGAUUGGAAAUCCGGCCAACACCAAUUGUCUAAUCACAUCAAAAUGUGCUCCAAGUAUACCAAAGGAGAAUUUCUCUUGUUUGACAAAGUUGGAUCAGAACCGGGCAAUUUCACAGAUUUCACUUCGUCUUGGUGUUAAAACAACAGCAGUUAAAAACAUCAUUGUUUGGGGUAACCAUUCUGCGACCCAAUACCCGGAUGUUCAACAUGGUACAGUUGAAUUAAAUGGCCAAACAGUUUCAGUAAAAGAUGCUGUAAAAGAUGAUGAGUGGCUUCAAGGAGAAUUCAUGAAGGUUGUCCAAACAAGGGGUGGUGCUAUCAUAAAAGCCCGAAAACUAUCUAGUGCCAUGUCCGCGGCCAAAGCUAUCUGUGAUCACAUGAGGUUAUGGUGGUUCGGAACGCCAGAAGACGACGUCACCAGCAUGGGUGUUGUUUCUGAUGGCUCAUAUGGUAUCCCAGAUGGAAUCGUGUACUCCUUUCCUGUCAAAAUUGAUGCAUCGCAUAACUACAAAAUCGUGCAAGGGCUUGACAUCAACCAGUUUUCACGUGAAAAAAUGGAUAUCUCCGCUAAAGAGUUAUGCGAAGAACGCGAUGUAGCCUUCUCUUUUUUACAACAGUGACUGUCUAAAUUGUAAAGAACAUUUCUUUGUUAUUGUGAGUGCGUGAGUGAGUGUGGAAAUCUUGUAUGUUACUCCACACGUCUUAAUUGUACACGUGCCUCCAAAUUUAAUUAAAAUUAAUGGCAGACAGAUAA